AUGACUGAAAAAGCCAAAAGAAAACCAAAUAUUUAAAAAAUAGGUGAACAUAAAUACUAAUACCGUAAUUUUUAAGUCCCUCCCGAUGCGCAUGAUAUCGAUAUUCCAGACGGCGAUCCAUAUAAAGGUUAAAGGGCAUACAUGAAUAUGUGUGCUGGUUGCCAUGAAUUAGAUUAAAAUACAAGUAUGGGACCUGCUUUGAGAUAUGUCUAUAUGAAAAAAGCUGGAUCUAGUAAAGGAUUUAAAGGGUAUUCUGGUUUAAUGCCUUAAAAUUAAUUUUAUUGGACUAGAAGUGCUUUAGAUUAAUUUUUAGAAGAUCCAGAAAGUAUGUUUCCGGAUACUAAUAUGGCUUUUUGGGGGAUUAAAGACCCAUAUGAUAGAGCUUGUUUGAUUGAAUAUUUGCAUUAUUUAAGAACUGAAACUGAUGGAAGUAUAAGAAAGCCUAAAAGAAAUAUUAUAUGA